AAAGUCACUCAAUGUGGGCUUCAGUAAGCAGCAGCAGCGAGGAGACUAUAGAGCCCAAUUACACAAGCAUAGAGCAGCUGUUCUGCUUUCCACAACCAACCCCCAAGGAGAAAACGGCCGCACCGGUGAAGGCAGAACCGAAGGAGAUCACAUUUUUGGACUCCAAGAAAAGUCUCAAUUUGAACAUAUUUUUGAAGCAAUUUAAAUGCUCCAACGAAGAGGUGGCUGCCAUGGUCCAGAACGGGGACCGGACCAAAUUUGAUGUAGAGGUUCUGAAGCAGUUGCUGAAGCUGCUGCCUGAAAAGCAUGAGAUAGAAAACCUGAAAGCCUUCAAAGAAGAGAAAACAAAGCUUGCAAAUGCAGAUCAGUUUUAUCUUCUCCUCCUUCAAAUUCCCAGCUACCAGCUGCGCAUUGAAUGUAUGCUGAUCUGUGAGGAGACCACCGUUGUGCUGGACAUGAUUCAGCCGAAAGCUGAAGCUGUCCGGAGAGCCUGUGAAGAUCUUCUGAACAGUCAUCGCCUGCCGCUCUUUUGUCAACUGAUUCUCAAAGUUGGAAACUUUCUGAACUAUGGAAGUCACACGGGCGAUGCCGAUGGGUUUAAAAUCAGCACUUUACUCAAACUAACAGAAACCAAAGCAAACCAAACCCGUAUUACGCUGCUCCACCAUAUUCUGGAGGAAGUAGAAAACAGCCACACGGACCUACUGGAACUGCCAAAGGAUCUUGAAUAUGUUUCAAAAGCAGCAGGAAUUAAUCUUGAUAUUAUACGCACCGAGUCCAGUACCAAUCUAAAGAAGUUGCUGGAGCUUCAGCGAAAAGUCUUAUCAUCAAAUGACAAUGUGAAACAGCAGUAUGAGAAACCUAUCCAGGACAGCAUUGAUGCCUCCAGAAAGCUGGAAGAAGAAUUUGAAAGCAUCGAAAGGAAGAGAGAGGAACUUGCAAAUUAUCUCUGUGAAGAUCCAAGCAAGUUGUCCUUAGAGGACAUAUUUAGCACCAUGAAGACUUUCAGAGAUCUCUUCACCCGAGCCCUGAAGGAAAACAAGGACAGAAAGGAGCAAGCUGCCAAAGCAGAGAAGAGGAAGAAACAGCUGGAAGAGGAGGAGGGGAAGAGACAGAAAGGAGAAAAUGGAAAAGUCAUUAAGAAGGGGGUGGUGAAGCAGGAGGAGGUGUGUGUCAUCGAUGCGCUGCUGGCCGACAUAAGGAAAGGGUUCACGCUGAGAAAGACAAAGAACAGACACGAGUCGGAUGCAGUUCCUAAAACCUUGCCUGCGGAGAGCCCGGAGGAGACCCAGGCUGGAAAGAGCAUUAAGGAUCCACAAGCAGCAGAAAAGCAGAUUGAUGAUAAGACCAAGCAAAACAACAAUGUUCAUCCCUCAGAAAGCACUCCCUCAACCACUGCCCUGAUGGAGAUGGGUGAAGAUGUUACAAAUGCCUCAGCUUCAAACCAGGCAUUAUCUAAAAACAAUGCUGGAGGAAAUUUGCCACCAGAGUCCUGGACGGAAAGCCCCUCAGUAAGCUUGGUGGAAGCUGAUGGGGCCGGUCAGCCCAUGCCAGGCACCGGGAUUGAGCAGGCAGGCAGCUGGGCAAGCCUCCAGCCGAGCACGAAGAGCGGCUCCAUUGCCUUCUCUGUUGCUAGCAUAGGCACAGGGAUAAGGUUUGCAAGCAGCAGUUCGGGCACUGCUCUGAGAGAUGAGCUCAACGGGUCCAUCUCGGAAGGCCAGGACAAGGAAUGUCCAGCUGAUGGCUUGGAGAGCUAUAGGCUGGCGCAGGAGCCAGAAUCCCAGCCAAGUGAGACCGGAGUUGACCCUGGUAGUGCUCAGUUCGCUCCCUGCGAUGAGGCUCAUCAGGCAGAGUUGAAAGAGGUGGCGAAGGAAAAUGAAGACCCUGGUACAGACUCGCUGUUGGACACCUCUCAAGAGAAGUCCUUCUCAGAGGAGCCAGCCACUGACUCCUCUUGUUCAGCAACGCUCCCCCCAGGGCAAACUCACACCGACAGGGAAAAGCAGAGGCCAUCUGGGAAACGGAGGAAGAAGAAGAGGCACAGCAAAAGCUACUCAGCAGAGGUUGAGACUGAUACUGGAGAUAAUAAAACAAAAAAAGGUUGUGUGGUACAAUGA